AGCUGCCACCUCCUCCUCGGCCGGCCCUCCAUCUCCGGGUCCCACACUGCAGCCUCCUUCACCCUGCUCCCAGAGGUGCCAACCUCCAGUGCUCCCGGCCCCGCCAGCACCACCAGCCUCCCACUCAGCGCCCGGGUGCAGCCCGCUCAUGGCCCCCGAGAUGGACCAGUUCUACAGGUCCACCGUGGCCAUCUACAAGAGCAUCAUGGAGCAGUUUAACCCCGCCCUGGAGAACCUGGUGUACCUGGGCAACAACUACCUCCGGGCCUUCCAUGCGCUGUCCGAGGCGGCCGAGGUGUACUUCAGCGCCAUCCAGAAGAUCGGGGAGCAGGCCCUGCAGAGCCCCACCUCGCAGAUCCUGGGUGAGAUCUUGGUGCAGAUGUCCGACACCCAGCGACACUUGAACUCCGACCUGGAGGUGGUGGUGCAGACAUUCCAUGGAGACCUGCUGCAGCACAUGGAAAAGAACACCAAGUUGGACAUGCAAUUCAUCAAAGACAGCCGCCAGCACUAUGAGAUUGAGUACCGCCACCGAGCCGCCAACCUGGAGAAGUGCAUGUCCGAGCUGUGGCACAUGGAGCGCAAGAGGGACAAGAAUGCACGGGAGAUGAAGGAGAGCGUGAACCGGCUGCAUGCACAGAUGCAGGCCUUCGUGUCGGAGAGUCAGCGGGCCGCAGAGCUGGAGGAGAAGCGGCGCUACCGGUUCCUGGCGGAGAAGCACCUGCUGCUUUCCAACACCUUCCUGCAGUUUUUCGGCCGGGCCCGGGGGAUGCUGCAGAACCGCGUGCUGCUGUGGAAGGAGCAGUCGGAGGCCAGCCGCAGCCCGUCGCGCGCCCACUCCCCGGGCCUGCUGGGCCCCGUGCUGGGGCCGCCCUACCCCUCGGGCCGCCUGACGCCCACCCGCCUGGACAUGCCCCCGAGGCCUCUGGGAGAGUUCGGCUCCCCCCGCAGCCGGCACGGCUCCGGCUCCUACGGCCCCGAGCCCACUGACGCGAGGUCCGCGUCCCAGCUGGAGCCAGAUCGCCGGUCCCUGCCCCGGACGCCGUCUGCCUCCUCGCUCUACGCCGGCAGCGCCCAGCCCUCGCGCUCCAACUCCUUCGGCGAGCGCCCGGGCGGCGGCGGCGGGGGCGCCAGGAAGGUCCGCGCCCUCGUCUCCCACUCGGAGGGCGCCAACCACACGCUGCUGCGCUUCUCGGCCGGAGACGUCGUGGAGGUGCUGGUGCCCCAGGCCAAGAACGGCUGGCUCUACGGCAAGCUGGAGGGCUCGUCCACGAGCGGCUGGUUCCCCGAGGCCUAUGUGAAGCCUUUGGAGGAGAUGCCCAUGAACCCCCUGAACCCUAUGAAUGAGCUACCUGCCAGGUCCUACCCGCUCCGGGGCAGCCACAGCCUUGAUGACCUCCUGGACCGGCCUGGCAACUCCACAGCGUCCUCUGAGCACUGGGAUGGCCAGUCCCGCUCCCGAACCCCGAGCCGGGUCCCGAGCCGCGCCCCCAGCCCUGCACCCACACCCUUGCCUGGGAGCCGCCGAAGCAGCAUGGGCAACAUGGGGGUGACCAGUGACGUCAAGAAACUUACAUCCUGGGAGCAGCCGCCCCCAGAGCUCUUCCCUCGGGGCACGAACCCCUUUGCCACCGUAAAGCUGCGUCCCACCAUCACCAAUGACCGUUCAGCACCGCUCAUCCGCUGAGGCACCUUCCUCUGUCAGGGGUCUGAGGUCGUCCCCCCGCACACCUGCCCAGGGGCUGCCCAGAGCUGGCGGCGGCAGCAGCAGCAGCAGCAGCAGCAGUGGGUCCAAGAGGCCGGGGGCCCUGAUACGGGGGGUGGCUGCCUUUCCCCAGCCGCACCCCCAGCCUGAGCAGCUCCGAGGGCACUGGCCUGGGGUCUGGGGCCUUCAAACAAAGCAGGCGGAACUGGGCGACAGAACCAUUUCUUCCCCUCCAGAGGCCCCAGGACUCUCCCUGGGGGGCCUGGCUCGUGCCCCCCAACCUCCUUCCUCCUCUGCCCCAGUGGGGAGGAGCCCCUUGCUCAUCCCCUCCCUUCCCCACACAUGUCCCUCUGUUUCACUUUUGUAAACGGUGAGGAAUAAAGCAAGUGGACAUGGCA